AUGUCAACUCCACCAGGCCAACUCCCCUGGUUGGGGGCCUAUGGGGCUGUCCUCUGGAUAACCUUCCCUGUGUCCGAGGAGAAUGUGGCAGGCUGUUUAGUGUAAAGACUAUAUCAGGGGACAACAGCCAAUCGGCGACCAGCGUGCCUUCUUUUCAUCAACACAGUUCUUGCAUCACAACCAAUCACAUCUCCGAGUCCCUGUCUGACACGAGCGGUGCCGGCACUGGGAAGUCCAAACAUCUGAUCAUAUCCACCCGGCACAGCCCACAGAGGUGAGGGGAGAAAUCACUAGCACAUGGGCCCUAACACACACACACACUGCUGUGUUUUGGAGAAAUGGCAUACUCCACACUCCUGACCCCUGACGCACAGAGCGGAUUGCUCCUAAAGAAUAUAAAUAAAUCCGCGGGGGAAACAUGAGAUGGUAUCAGGAGAGGUCCAGACCUUUUGUGGAGUAGUGGGAGAGAAAGGAAAGAGCCAUACAGGAAUCAAGACAAAGGGUACAAAUACAGUGCGUGCGUGAACUAUGUGUGUACACUUUAUACAGUAAUGUUAAAAGGAAAUUGUAUGUGUGAUUGAUUUUGAACCUAGUGUGUGUAGGGGCAUGUGUGUACCUGGCCCUAUUCUGCACAGUUGGCUCUUUGUGUAUCCCUCUAAACUUCAGGAGGCACCACCACUCAGCGUGCUCCAACUUUAUGUCAACGCGUUUCUGACAACAUUUACAUAACGUUUACAUAAAACUAUAAAUAUACAGGUGUAUUUACCUGCUGAGACAGGAGAACAGCCUUUUCCCAUGUAUGCUGUGAGAGCUUGCUCUGUGAAAACGGUCUUGGACACAUCGGAGCAGUGAUUUGUAUGUUUUUUUAAGGUUCAGGUUUCAGGUUGACACGUUGGAACCACUGGCCAUGUUACUGUCUGCAAGGUCAGCUAGCGUUUCAGACUUUUACUUAGCGGUUAACAAACUGUUUUCAUUUCUCCUUGAACACACUUUUCUCCCCUGUCAUUCCACAGUGGGUCGUAAUUAGUAAUUAUUUGCACUCCAACUUUCCCACCUAACGGACCUGUUUUACCAGGAUGCUCUGCUCUCUCUGCAGUGAGUGUUGCUGCUGAAGCGUCGUGGUGACACUGUGCUAAAACGUUUAAAUGAAUCACCCUUGGAGCAGCAGUUUUCCCCAGCCUGACCUGGCUGGCUUCUCCCUUCCUGGUCUUAAUGCUGUGGUAUUAGCUCAGUUGAGACUGAUUUACAGACUCUUCACAGCACAGUAUAUUAAAGCAGCGCAGCCUGCCAAUUUGCAGGGGUGUUGCAGGUGUCACUGGGAGAGUGUGAGAUGAGCUGGACCAGUUCAAUGGCCCCAUUAUGAACCUAACACAUGCAGAGAAGCACAAAUAUACUGCUGAAAAACUCUCUCUCUCUCUACAACUCAAACGCACCUGUUCUGUUCACUAACACCCAAACACAGAGGUUCACACGGCACGCUAACCGCUGCAUACUGCUGCAUAAGAGACUGUGAGAAACUGAAAUAAGGCUCUUCUCACCUACUAAAGCACAGGAUAAGACACGUUAUGUACUUGUAUAUACAGAUAAUCUUUCCACAAGUACACUGUUCGGCAUAUACACACACAGGCACGCUCGUACACACACACACACACACACACACACACACACACACACACACACACACACACACACACACACACACACACACACACACGCACACAAACAGAUGGAGCAAAUAAAGUUACAGCUGGAGUGUUAAUAUUGUUUAGUCAGCUGUCAUUUAGCAAAGAACGAUAAUCAACCAUUUUGUUUGAGGAGGAACUCUGUAAACAUGUCUCAGACUUCCAUGUUGCUUUUACAGUAUUCCCAAAAUAUUUACAGUUAGCUUUGGCCGGAAGCAUUGAAUGGGACUGUGCUGAGCUGUACUGUGCAGUGAGGUUUCAAGACACUAGAUUUGGCUAAACAAAACCGAAUACACAGAGGUUAUAUAAACAUGUUUGCUCUUCCUCUUGACCAGUACAUGUCUAUACAGUCAAAGACAGACAGAGAGAGAGUGCAGAAUAGUGAUAAAGGUAAGGAGAGAAACAGAGAGGAAGGAGAGGUAUGCUUUUGAACUGCUUUAUUGUUAUAUCCACUGUCGAUCACAGUCAAGGACUUUUGUCCUCCAUAGGCUGGAGAGAGCUGGAGUUUCAGAGUAAAGGGAAGGAUGGAUGGAGCAGAUAACCUUGCUGCUCUGAGACUAUAAAGUAUGCAGCUUCUACAUGUUGGGUAUCUCAUGGUAAACAUCCCACUCUGCUGUCCUGUAGUCUGUGUGAGGAGGGUCAAAUAUUAACAGCGGGUCAUCAGCCACCGGACCACAGAGUCUGUGAAUCAUAUCAAUCAUGGUAGAUCACACAUCACCUCUCCAGCCCUGGUGUCACAAUGUAGGACCAGCAAGGCCACACACUGACACACUGCUUAACAUCCCCAACAUUAACUACCAAAUAUCCCAUAUUUCUCCCCUGAGUGUGACAUUUUUGUGGGGGGAAAAAAUGUUAAAUGCAGCAAAAAUAUUCAUAGAACACAUGUAUCAUGUUAUGUAUCUAAUGUAUUUCUCUUCAUUUUCUCAGCCUGGUUUCCCCUAUAAUUUUCCUGCACUUGGCGUCUCAUUCUCUCUCUCCCUUCCUCUCCCCUCUCCAUUUCAAUCUCUCUUUCUCUCUCUCCCCACCCCGUCUCUCUCUUCUGUCUCUCUCUCUCUUCUGUCUCCCUCUCUCUUCUGUCUCCCUCUCUCUUCUGUCCUCUAUAUUAUAGUUUCCCUUCAAAGAAGUCUCAGCAGCAUUUCCCUCUCCUUCAUUAAUCUCAGCUAGGUUAGUCUUAAGUAUUGAGCUCCAUAAUGUGACCUGACAGUCGAUUGGACGAUCAUUAGCCAUUAGAAAGUUACUACCGUUUAGACCUUAUUACAUUGAUUUCCCAUUGAAGUCUGAUACCCUGAAUCACAAAUCUGCUAAGACCAAUUUAAUGUCACGAUAACCAGGUGGCUGGGCGCCCGCAGAAUAGGUUAAUGUCAAAAACAGAGGGCAUUUCAUCAUGACCAUGUAAGGUUUUCUCCUAUUGUUAAUUCAUAGCCAUAAUAAAUCUCCCUUUUAGUCAGUGCAGAGUUUUUAUAGCUUCAACUCAAAGUAAUCUGUGAUGAAUAUAGCCCCAUGUAGCUCAGUUGGUAGAGCAUGGAGCUUGCAACGCCAGGGUUGUGGGUUCGAUUUCCAUGGGGGGCCAGUAUGAAAAAUGUAUGCACUCACUAACUGUAAGUCGCUCUGGAUAAGAGCGUCUGCUAAAUGACUAAAAAUGAAUAGGUUAAUUCAUACUGUCUAGUUGUAGCAUACAGUCACAUGCGUUUGUUACUUGGCAUUUAUGUUAUUAAAUGUGGCAACACAUUGAAAAUAACCUACGGAUUCAGUCUCAUAUAUUUAGCUAAGACCCAGCGUCUUUACAUACAGAUGCAGGAUCUUAAUUUGAUCACCUUGUUGCAGGAGAACUUUCCUGAAAUGCAGGAAAUGUCAAACUUGUAGUGUAUUUGAAGUUUAAAAAGGCUUCUGAAAUUUGUCAUUUCCACUUUGAAAUUUCAAACUUGAUUUUCCCUUACGAAAAAUGUAUUAACCCCUACAUUUCCUGUUGCUGCAGGAUUAUUUUCCUGCUGUAUCAAACUGGCUCAGAUUAAGAUCCUACAUCUGUGUCACCUACUGCAUUCAUGAAACAUACAAACCCUGCUGUUAACUACACUUCUCACUCAACUUUUAGCAGAAUCAAAAAUCCCUUAUUGUCAAAAUCCCCACUAAGCCAAGUUUGUCUCGAACUUGCGUCUGCUUGUUUAGAUUGUGUAUGAUUGGUUUGUGUAUGAGGGCCAUUACUCCUUCCCUCUCUCUUUCUCUUCCCCCAGUAGGUAGAGCUGACAUGUCAGGGCCCUGGGCUGAACCCGGGUUUGAUUUGCGAGUUAAAAGAGCAGAGAUAAUCACAGGGCCUCUGUCUUAAAUGACCAAAGCACUUUGUGUUUAUGGGCUCAUGAUGCAAGCCAGAGACACAGAACAAACCGUUUUUAAUUUGUCCAGCAAGGUUUUAGUUAAGACUCCACAAAGCAGGGACCUGAGGUGCUGGGGACCGGGGGGGGGGGGGGACAAAGGGAAGUGGGGGAGAGAGGGAGAGAGAAGGGGAGAGAGGGGGGAAAGGGGAAUAGCAAUGAAUCAAGCUGAAAAGUGUUGCCACUAGAGCCUCAAGGUGCCCAAAUGGAGCCAAUUAUAAGUGAAAACACCCAUUGCAGACCAGCCCAGUGGGGGGACAUUAACGGGCAGGGUGGAGGGGUGAUGUUUGCAGACACAAGGAGGGAGGGAGGAGGGAGAGAGACAAUUGCUAUCUUAUAACGCAAUUAUCCUGUGUUUGUUUUAGCUCUGCUGAUAGCUCUACAGGCAGUUUAGGGUACUCAGCAGGAUUAGAAAAUAUUGUAUCACAUAAUUUUACUCACUGUGACAAACUAAGCAGAUUGCCAAACAGACAGUAUAACAUUUCUCCCAAAGCACAGUUCCAACGCGUGGCAUUUCUUGGUCAUUCCCUCUUUAACACACUUUAAAUAGCUCAUUACUAGGGUCAGUCGAGCACACUUGAGUUGGGAUUUCCUGAAGUAUUUCAGAUCCACACAUUGAUAAACUCAAGCCAACAUCUGUGCUUGUAAUUAGAAAUAAUAUGUCUAAUGUUUGGCAACUGUAGUGUAGUGGGCUUUAAGGAAAGAGAAGCAGGGACUGGGGUGGGCCCAGGUUGCACAGAACCAAACCUGAGGGAUCAGACUUUCCUCUCAUUAGCCAGGAACAGGAGAGGGGAGAGAGACGGAGAGAAAGAGAGCGGGAAGAGGGGGGAUAACAUGUCAAAAAUGGGAUUCUAAACUGUUGGCAAACCUGAGGGGUGUGAUUCACAGAGCCUCAACCAGACAUAACACACUCUGACUGGAGCCGUCAAGACGGUGCUGCCUUACCCUGCUUUUCCAUCCACACAGAUCCACAGCCUGGUGGUGCUCAUCAGAGAUACUGUAGACAUGCACAGAUACAGACAGACAGACGGAGGAAGACGGGAAGGUGAAAAAGCUACAAAUGAAAUAAUAUUUUUCUAUUCAAAAGACAGGAUGGAAAGCUGCAUGGGAAAUGGGGCUGAUUUUGUUUAUAUCUGAAAUAUCUGCAGUAAGCUAGGGCAUUCCUGAAGAUGGGUGGCGAUGGAUGGAUGUAAGGAGAAGAUGUUUGUGGAAAAGUUUAAUUCUACCACUUCAUUACCUGAUAGGGCGGCAGGUAGCCUAGCGGUUAGAAAGGCGAGCCAGUAGAGGGUUGCCAGUUCGAAUCCAGGGUCCUACGGGAAGAAACCUGGCAGGAAGUGAGCUGGCAACUGGAGGGUUGCUGGUAACAAAUCCUAGAUGCCAUUGCCUGCUAUUGUGACCUUGAGCAAGGCACUUAACCCCCCCACAACAAUAGCUCCCUGGGCACCCAGUGUAGCAGCUCCCCGCACCUCUCCAAUACCUGUAUAUGUAUGUAUGUGUCUUUCAGCGGGAUUGGGUUAAAAGCGGAAGUCAAAUUUUGUCUGGACCUUGUGUGCAAUUGACCAAUAAAGUGAUGUUAAUCUUAAUUGAGUCAUCCAUCAUCUUGAAAUCAAUUCCAUGUACAUUAGCCUACAGUAUACCUAAAACAGGACAUGCUAAUAUCAAGGAUUCAGUAAAAAACAUAAAUUCAUGCGUAAUAUAGUCUAUUAUUCAUGAUAAGAAGAUAUGGGCGGCCAAAUCCUGUAAAAACAUGAAUUCACCUUAUACACAUAACCAUGGUAGUAUUUGUGCUUGUUGCCAAAAAUAAUUCACAAUCCUUCUUAAAUAAAAAUGUGAUGUAUCACCCCUUUCCUCUCUGGGGCGAACGUCUGUUAUUUUACGAACUAAUUCAUGAGUAGCUGGUUUAUUCCCUAUACCAUUUCCUAGCCUCACAUUAAUGACAGAUAUCCUUCAUGUAAAUUACAGGAAACAGGUCAGCUGAUAUCCUUCAUUUACAUGACAGGAAACAGCACAACUGAUAUCCUUAAUUUACAUGACAGGAAACAGGACAACUGAUAUCCUUAAUUUACAUGACAGGAAACAGGACCCCUGAUAUCCUUCAUUUAAAUGACAGGAAACAGGUCAACUGAUAUACUUCAUUUAAAUGACAGGAAACAGGACAAAUGACAUCCUUCAUUUAAAUGGCAGGAAACAGGACAACUGAUAUCCUUAAUUUACAUGACAGGAAACAGGACCCCUGAUAUCCUUCAUUUAAAUGACAGGAAACAGGUCAACCGAUAUCCUUCAUUUAAAUGACAGGAGACAGGACAACUGAUAUACUUCAUUUAAAUGACAGGAAACAGGACAACUGACAUCCUUCAUUUAAAUGACAGGAAACAAGACAACUGAUAUCCUUCAUUUAAAUGACAGGAAACAGGUCAUUCACCAGUUUAUCUGACCAGUUAAAUAUUUUUUAUGGAUCAAAGCUGCCCAUUUGAAACUAUUUCCCCUGCAGUCCCUGGGCUCCUACUGCAGAUUCCUGUCAUAUCUGAAAACCUUAGCAGAUAUACCUGGCCAGUGGGCCUUACACUGUGAAGGUUGAAGGCAGAUAAUGUAUCUUUGUCUUAAACUACGAGUGGACAGAGAGCAGACAAGCUACUGUGGCUGCCUGGCUGACUGUUUUUCUCCUUGGAAGUCUUGAUUUACAAAGUAUUUCUGAAGGUCACCCUAAUGGAAAAUAAAAAAUGAUUACUGAAGUUUAUGGAUGCGCUCAAGUUGUUUCAGCACACAUAUUUACUGGACGGGCAGGAAUUGCUACUUUUCUGAUGAAAGUCAGAUGGAACCCUUGAGCAUAUAAGGAUGGACAGCCAUGUCACACACACAGACUACAGUACAUCUAUACCGUACAUUAAAGUGCAUAUAUACACACACACAGAGAGAGAGAGAAGCAGAAGACAGACAUCAUAAAUCAUAAGUCUGUUACAUUUUACCCACAUGCUAUACCUGAAACAAAUACAUUAUAAAUAAAAAUGUCUUAUAUCAUUGCCAUGCUAUGCAAACAUAUUGCAAGUCUGCUCCAUAAAUCAGUACACAAAAUGUGGAGAAAUAUUAUAACACAGAGAGAAAACAAACAGAGCCUUUUAGCUGUUCAGGCAAAUAUGGAUUCGCUGUGCUUCUUUAAAGGGGAAAUUUACGGAUGUGUGCUGUUUCCUCUAGAGAACGCUGCUAAUUCCCCUAAGGAGGAAAAUAUACUGUCUGGGAGAGGCGUAAAGAAUUGGCUCCAGAUUCACCGGGAGCACGGCCCCGACUUAGACGUACUCCACUUUAUUUAUUAAAGAAAGAAAAAGUUGUUACAGGACUGUUUCUCUUGAACGCAGCCCAAGUGUAUCCAGUUCUGCGGUCACAGGAAGAAAAUGUAUUUCUCAGUCCACUGCAUACUAACACAGCUGACAACACUAAGUCCCCCUCUCAAU